AUGGUUCAAAAUCGAAAUGUAUAUGUUGGAAUUGGAUUUGCGUUGAAAAAAUUGUCGUUUUCAAGCGUUACCACAGUAACGCGUUAUACCAUAAUGCGUAAAAAUGCAUAUGGGGCACGGUGUUUCAGGCAUUAUAAUGUCGUUUUUGAUGUAACUCCACCUGAAGUGUUUUUUACUUGUUUUGAAGAUGGACACCCAACAUUGUUUACCAUUAAGUUGUACCAUGGAGGUGAGUUCACUAAGUACCCUGAUGUUCGUUACAUUGACGGAACUGUAAACUAUGUGGGCAUGGUAGAUAUAUAUGAGUUUUCAGUUCAUGAGCUCGAUGCAAUCAUGAAAGGUUUCAGAUAUGAGGUUCCUCCUGUUAUAUACUACCAUUUUCUUGUGCAUGGUGGAGACUUCCACUUUGGUCUUCGCCCUUUAGGAAAUGAUGAAGAUGUUGCAAACUUUUCUCAAUAUGUCAGUGAGCACAAAGUGAUGAAGGUAUACACAGAACAUGGUGAAACAAUACUACUCACCUAUUUCUUGAAUCCUAAACCUGAUACCAUGGUUACCCUUGUACAGUUAGAUGAACCACAUGAGGAUGUUCAACACAAUGAUGAAGCUGAUGACCAAUCAAAGGAAUCACAUGUGAUGACUACACCUACUAAUGUGGUGCCCACUCAACCAAACCAACCUGAAAUCCAAGUCAAUGAAGUACUUCAAGUCAUAUCCUUAUCACCUGAAUAUAAUAGGAGAAGGGUUAUAAACAAGGAUGGAGUGAUGACAUUUUGCAAUAAGAAAGUAUACUUUGAUGGUAUUGAUGAAACUGAGCAGAAAAGCAACCUCAGAUGA